CAGAGUAAACUAGCUAUCGAAACAAACAUAUAUAACACUCCUCUCCAAUUUAGUUUCUUCAAAAAAAAAAAAAAAAAAAAAAAAUUCCUUCAUAUACAAAAUGCAUGAGAAAAUUAUGGAAGUAUUUCAAGUUCUUCACAUGAAUGGAGGAGUUGGAGAAAAAAGUUAUGCCAAUAACUCUCUAGUUCAAAAAAAAGUUAUAUCCAUGACGAAGCCAAUUACUGAAGAAGCCAUAAUCAAUCACUACAUUAGUGGGAAAUUCUCUACAACCUUAGCUAUUGCAGAUUUGGGUUGUUCUUCAGGACCAAACAGUUUGUUUGUGGUGACUGAACUCAUAAAAUCAGUUCACAAGAUUUGCAAGAAACUAAACCUUGAAUCACCUGAGUUUCAACUCUACUUGAAUGACCUUACUAGCAAUGAUUUCAAUGCAAUUUUUGAAACUCUGCCAAGCUUUCAAGAAAAUCUCAGAACCCAAAUGGGCCCCAAUUUCGGCCCGUGUUUCGUCAUGGGUGUCCCUGGUUCCUUCUACGGCAGGCUCUUCCCUCCCAAUACCCUUCAUUUUGUCCACUCAUCUUACAGUCUCCAAUGGCUCUCUAAGGUUCCUGAGGGAGUGGAGAAUAAUAACAAAGGUAACAUUUACUUGGCUAGUACAAGUCCACCGAGUGUGGUUAAGGCUUAUAAGGAACAAUUCCAAAGUGACUUUUCAGUGUUUCUCAAGUGUCGAUCCAAGGAGUUAGUUGAUGGUGGAAGUAUGGUUCUAACUAUUCUUGGUAGACAAAACCAAGAUCCAACUAGCAAAGAUGGUUGUUACAUUUGGGAGCUUAUGGCUAUGGCCCUUAACCAAAUGGUCUCAGAGGGAGUUAUAGAUGAAAGGAAAGUGGAAAGUUUCAAUAUUCCACAGUACACACCAUGUCCAUCAGAAUUGAGAGAAGAGGUAGAAAAAGAAGGGUCAUUCAAGGUUAACAAAGUUGAGGUUUCCCAAAUCCCUUGGAGUGCCACCACCACCAACAACAACAACGACACUGCGUUUUAUAUCAAUGAGUAUGAUGAUGAGGAAGACUACCCAAACGACAUUAAUCAGAAUAAUGGUUACUGUGUGGCCAAGUGCAUGAGAGCUGUAGCUGAACCCUUGCUUGUUAGUCACUUUGGGGAAGCAAUAAUUGACCAAGUCUUUCGUACAUACACACAAAUUCUUGUUCAUCGAAUGUCUAAGGAAAACACUCACUUCUUCAAUGUUAUUAUUUCUCUCACCAAAACUCAAUAAUCUCUUCAUCAUCACAUUUCACGUUUUUCUAUCUUGCCGUAAUUAGCCAUCUUAUUUAUUUAUGAUCAUGUUUGUACCUUAUAUGUAAUAUAUGUGUGUCCUUUUCUUUUUCUUCAAUAAAAGCUAUAUAUAGAUCUCUGUACUAGUGAUCGAUGCUGUAGCCUAUAGCAGUUGUAUAUUUUAAAUAUUUGAUCAAAUCAAAAUGAAUCUGUCUUUGAUUUUCC